GAGAGCCAGGGAGCAGAGCUUUCUAAGGCAGGGAGGGGUUGUCAGAGGGACUAAGGACUGGGGCCCUGAGGAUCUGGAUGCAAGUGGGCCAGGCAUAGAGUGGGGCAACCUGGUCUGUCCAGCUUAGUGCCCAUGGUCCCUCCCAAGCCGCACCACCUGUCCCUGGGACCCUUCCCUCAGGCGGCGGGGCAGUGGGUGGACAGCAGUUGGGCUGGACUUGCCUUUCACAGAUGAGAACACUGAGGUCUGUGCCCAGAGCCAAAGGUCAGAGCAGGAGGAGGAGGAGAGGUGCUUGGAGAGCCGAGGGGCAAGGACAAGUGAAAGGGCUGGGCUGGGGAGAGGCCUCACGUGAGGACUCUCCCUGGCUGCACCUCAGGCAGGUGCGGGAGGCCUGGGUGCUCAGGUUCCUCCACUGACAGGUGUGACCUGGUGGAGCUGUGGGUGUGGCUUGGCCACCAUCCCCACGAAGGCCUCCGGGGCACCACCACGGAGCUGGACAAGGUAACAGCCUGGCUUAGGCUGAUUCAAGCUCCAAAUACAUUCCAUUGUCAUGGGACCCCUCCCUGCUUUCAGCAGCUCAAGGCAGGAUGGCCUGCAGUGGUGGUCCUCUUCUGAGCCCGCAUAUGCAGUGCCAGGAACCAGCCUCCCCUCUCCCUCUGCACCACCAGCGCCAGCGAGCCCACAGUCACCCCACCCAUUCUCCACAGGCACUGCCUGCAGUCCCCAAGCCUUGCAUAUACCCACUACUCUCCAUGCAUUUUUACUUCGAGCAACAACACACCGAGAAAUGAAAAGAGACGCUGAGACCUGAGAGAAUUGCCCUACCCCUGCCCAUUACAGCUCUCCCAGGGGCCCUGGCUGCCUUCGAGAUGCUGACCCAGGCCCUUGUGCUGGUCUAAGCCCAGUCUGCUUCCUCCCCUUGUUCUGUGGGCUGAUCACGCCAGGCACCCUUCUUUGCCACUACCCUCAUACAGGAUGGAGCUGGCCUUGGACUGUCCAGCGCCAGGUCUAAGAGACCUCCCGAGCCCUCUAUCCAGCCUGCCAUCCCCAAAUGCCAGGCUCCCUGCAGACGCCACUGUGCACAGCUCCUGCUAUGUGAGCCCUGCUUCUCUGGGCUUCUUGGGUGAGACCUCUGUGGCUUUCUUUAUGAGUAAUUCAGUGAGCCAUGCCCUUCAUGGAGUGAGUCAUGGAAUCCCCCCAAAAGCCCAAUGUCAGAGAAGGCCCAUUUACAAAUGAAGAUCUGAGGCUCUGAGAAGCAGAUCCCACCAGCGAGGCAGAUCUGGGACUCAGGAACAAGUCAGCUGGCUGAACCUGGCUCUUGACUGCAGAGCCAAACCCCCCAUCUGCUUCUCUGAGCCAUUCUCUUUGAGUCUCAUGGGCAUACCAACUAGAUGGCUGGCCCAAGCUGGUCACAACGUGCACCCAGGGUGGAUGAGUGGGGUUCUUGCCUGCAGGGUUAUCAGCCCCAGAAGCUUACGGGGCUGAACUUCUUGUUCAUCAGCAUCCUUUUCUAUCAAAUGGGGGAAAUGGAAACACCUUCCCUUGGGGUUGUGGUGUUAUUAAAAAGAGUAAGUCCAUGUAAAGCCUUAGAACCAUGUCCAGCUACUGUGAUUAACUUACUGCCCUUCUAACAACCAUUGACUCUACCUUGGGACUCUGCUCAGCUUCACCCCGAUGCCCACCCCUAUCCAGAAAGCCCUCCCUAACCCCUGUAUUCUGGCUGAGGCAUCCAUCCCUGAUGCUGGCCAACUCGAGUGCCCAUGAUUCCAACUGCCGCCCUCACCCAGCCUCUAUACUGUGCGGUAAUCUUGGUGUACACUUCUUGGGGGUGGGCACCAGUGAUGAAGGCCUCCAUGUUGUUCUGUUGUGUCGUUCUGAUGCUGAGGUCUCCUUGCUUCUUCCUCUGGGCCAAAGGGUCUGCUAGGGAGGAAUCUCAUUGCCUAAAGGCAUUGUGGGAGGGUAGGGGACUCUCCCCUUCUCAGAUCUUGGUCAGGCUCUGGAAGUUCCCUUAUUAGGGGGUGGAGGAAGGUCGCAGGGCACACCACCACCUUUCCCCAUCCUCUGCUGAGCCCAUGGCUGGAGUCCAGGGAUCAGCAGGAGUUCCAGGACCUGUCCUGUGACUUGUUACAGUCACACAGCUCCUUCAAACCCCCAGACCCCAUGUCCCGCUCACUGCACAUGCCUGAAUUGGCCCCCACAGAGAAGGCACAAGGACACCCAGCUCCCCUAGACUCUGGGGUCCUCUUCCUAAAGGGUGUUCUUGUCCUCUUGGCAGGUUCUUUAGGAUAUUCUUACCCAUUGGGAAGGAGGGGCUGAGGCCUUGGGUGCCCCUUGCAUGAAUGAGGGACAUGUCCUGCUGCCCCCAGAGGGCUUCUGGUUGGUUAGGGACAUUCAAGAGAUUCCAGUCACUCCAAGAACCUAUUUAAGCCUUGCCAGGUGACCCUGCUAGCACCUCGCCACCUGGACAACUGCCUGUGGGACUGGGCUGGGGUAUGGGACCCCCUCCACCACGUGUCUCAUGCCAGUUCCAAUCCUACCAGUCAAGCCAGUCCUCCCCCAGACACUAACACCUGGGCAGCAAGGAUUCUUGAUAUAGUGAAAUGAACCAGGACAGGGGACUGGAUGGGACAGCCCUUGGGAGUUCCCAUGUAAAGAUGUGGGCUAGAGUAUGGAGCUGAGCAUGCAGUGUGCAUGUGUGUGCAUGCGAUGGGGGCAGGGCUCACAAGAGGCCAGUGCGGGUUUCCCAGAAGACUUCCCGGAAGAGGGGAGUUCUGGUCAGCAGGGAGAGAAAGGCACAGGCUCUACAGACCAAGAGAGGCAGGCUGAAGUGAGGUCCAGGUGUCCCUGUUAGAGCCUAUGCCACUAGCCACCCCUUCCCCCACCCCUGCCCCACCCCCCCACGAUCCUCCCUGCGGCUCCCUGUGGCCAGCAGCUCUGCAGCGCUCCGCUCUGCUCCACUCUGCUUCACUCCACUCCGCUCCAGGAAGGCCACCUCCUCCCUGCCCUCCUCCACCCUCCUCCUGCUGUCACCACUCACCGCUCAUAGCCUUGAAGGGGUGGGGACCCCAGGCCUGGACACACCCCACUGUGGCCCCAGAGCCUAGCUGGUCGGACGGACGCACGGUUGGACGCAGGACCCCAGAGCCCCGAGGUGGGCAGUGUGCCAGGGUCCCUCACAGCCUUCUCAAGCGCCACCCAGGCUAUGGGCAUCAAGACAGCGUUGCCUGCGGCGGAGCUGGGCUUCUACUCCCUGGUGCUGAGUGGGGCUCUGGCCUAUGCUGGUCGGGGCCUCCUUGAAGCUUCACAAGAUGGGGCCCACCGGAAGGCCUUCCGGGAGUCUGUGCGACCUGGCUGGGAAUACAUUGGCCGGAAGAUGGACGUGGCUGACUUCGAGUGGGUGAUGUGGUUCACCUCCUUCCGCAACGUCAUCAUCUUCGCCCUCUCUGGACACGUGCUAUUUGCUAAACUCUGCACGAUGGUUGCCCCCCAGCUCCGUUCCUGGAUGUAUGCCGUGUAUGGGGCCCUGGCUGUGCUGGGCACAAUGGGCCCUUGGUACCUGCUGCUACUGCUUGGCCACUGUGUCAGCCUCUACUUGGCCUCACUCUUGGGCCAGCCCUGGCUCUGUCUUGGCCUCAGUCUGGCCAGCCUCGCCUCCUUCAAGCUGGAUCCCCUAAUCUCCUGGCAGAGCGGGUUGGUAACAGGCACUUUUGAUCUUCAAGAGGUGCUGUUUCAUGGGGGCAGUGGUUUCACGGUACUGCGUUGUGCCAGCUUCGUGCUGGAGAGCUGUGCCCACCCUGACCGCCACUACUCCCUAGCUGACCUGCUCAAGUACAACUUCUACCUGCCUUUCUUCUUCUUUGGGCCCAUCAUGACCUUUGAUCGCUUCCACGCCCAGAUGAGCCAGGUGGAGCCGGUGAGGCGCGAGGGUGAGCUGUGGCGCAUCCAGGCCCAGGCCGGCCUCAGCGUCGUGGCCAUCAUGGCCAUGGACAUCUUCUUCCACUUCUUCUACAUCCUCACCAUCCCCAGUGACCUCAAGUUUGCCAACCGCCUCCCGGACAGCGCCCUCGCUGGCUUGGCCUACUCAAACCUGGUGUACGACUGGGUGAAGGCUGCCGUCCUCUUUGGCGUGGUCAACACCGUGGCGCGCCUUGACCACUUGGACCCACCUCAGGCUCCCAAGUGCAUCACAGCGCUCUAUGUCUUCGCUGAAACGCACUUUGACCGUGGCAUCAACGACUGGCUUUGCAAGUACGUGUAUGACCACAUUGGUGGGGAGCACUCCGAGGUGAUCCCAGAGCUGGGGGCCACUGUGGCCACAUUUGCCAUCACUACUCUGUGGCUUGGACCUUGUGAUAUCGUUUACCUAUGGUCAUUCCUGAACUGCUUUGGCCUCAACUUUGAGCUCUGGGCACAGAAGCUCGCAGAGUGGGGGCCUCUAGCACAAAUCGAGGCUUCUCUGUCGGAGCAGAUGUCUCGCAGGGUCCGAGCUCUCUUUGGGGCCAUGAACUUCUGGGCCAUCAUCAUGUACAACCUUGUAAGCCUGAACAGCCUUGAGUUCACAGAGCUGGUCGCCAGACGCCUGCUACUCACAGGCUUCCCCCAGACUACUCUGGCCGUCCUAUUCGUCACCUACUGUGGUGUCCAGCUGGUGAAGGAACGAGAGCGAACCCUAGCACUAGAAGACGAGCAGAUGCAGGACAAAGAGAAGCCGGAGUAGCUGGGAGGAGUAAGAGGGAAGAGGAAUGGGCACUGCUCAGCUACUCCCGGGUCCGGCCCAGGUCAGGCCGGAGGGGGCCUGACCACUAGAAUAAAAGACUUUUCUACCACA